AUCCCCUGAACGCACCAUGACACUGGCAGCUAGCCUAGCCGGCUAAUUUGGCUAAUCUGAUUUAGUGUCUCGGCUAAGCGCACGCAACGUUAGCCAGGAUUACCAUAUUUAGUUUUCUAUAUCUAUCGUUUAACACAAUAUCUACCUGACAUCAAUUAACAGUAAUCUCAAGAUGGCAUCGCUUGGGGAGCCCGUGCGGUUGGAAAGAGAUAUUAACCGUGCUGUUGAACUGCUGGAUAAGCUCCAGAGGACCGGGGAGGUGCCGCCCCAGAAGCUGCAGGCGCUGCAGAGGGUCUUGCAGAGCGAAUUCUGUAACGCUGUCAGAGAAGUUUAUGAACAUGUGUAUGAAACGGUGGACAUCAACAGCAGUCCUGAGGUCAGAGCCAACGCCACUGCUAAGGCUACCGUGGCAGCUUUUGCAGCAAGUGAGGGGCACUCUCAUCCACGUGUUGUAGAACUGCCCAAGACUGAAGAAGGCCUGGGUUUCAAUAUAAUGGGUGGAAAGGAGCAAAACUCGCCAAUAUACAUCUCACGGAUCAUCCCAGGAGGCAUCGCUGACCGACAUGGAGGCCUGAAGAGAGGCGACCAGCUUCUCUCUGUCAAUGGGGUGAGUGUGGAAGGGGAGCACCAUGAGAAAGCUGUGGAACUCCUCAAAGCAGCUCAGGGCACAGUGAAGCUGGUGGUAAGGUACACCCCCAAAGUCCUAGAGGAAAUGGAGUCACGCUUUGAGAAAAUGAGGUCGGCGAAACGCCGGCAACAGAACAACUACCCCCAGUAGAAUUUUUCCGUGUUGAUGCCCAGCUCCCAUGUCUCUCCUCAUGGAGCCUUCUGGCCCUAGGUUCUGGUCUCUUUAGUAUCUCCUUGCCCCAAAAAAGCGUAACAAACACAAUCCUACUUUGUUUUAGCUACUACUUACACAUACGGUAUAUUGUGCUUCUAACUUUUUCUGUAGCCUUUUUAAUAUUCUCUAUAGUUACACUUGACACUACAACUCUAGACGAACACUAAAAUGAUUGUCAGUGUAGGUGGUCACUCACACGUGUGCAUUAUUUUUGAUUGACAAUUUGAAUGCCACUUUGAGUGCUUAUACCAACUACACAAAUCCUUUGACUGGAAAGGUAGUGUUUUUAAUUAUUUUAUCAAAGCCACUACCAAGUGCCUCAGGGCAAACACAUUUAUCGUAUGUACUGUGUUCACCGUUAUAUAUUUCUUUUUAGUGGUUUAAAAUCAAGUACUGGUAAUUAAAUGCUUGUCGCAGGAAAUUACUACAUGCUUCGCAUCUCUUCUUUUCAGAUAUCAUUUAAUUUAAAUAUAUGGUAAUCAUAUUUCAAACCCUUUUUAACUUUAAACAAAAGGUGCAGUUUUAUUUGUUUUGCCGCUCUGCAGGCAUGUACAGUAAAUGAGAGGCUGAUAACGGUUUGAAUUAGUUAGAAAGAGAUAGUUUUAAGUUGGAUAUUAGGGGAACCUGUGAAAGGAAACAACAAAAAUGAUGGAUUAUCUCUGGGCUUAGCUUUUUUAGUUUUCUAUCCUCAUACCACACUAUAAAAAGCUCAGCAGGUACUGUAAGUGAUGUAAUGGGGUCUUGGCAACUUUUGAACUAAAUUCUUGCCACCACAGAGACUCACAUUUCUUUUAUUCAAGUAAUAACCUUCAUAAGCAAACAUCUUGCUGUCAGCAUGACAUGAGAUGAUUAAUCUGCCUUGACAGAAAUCAGGAAUGUACUGUAAGUCAUGUUUUCUUAUUCGCAGUACAAAGAGUCAGUCCCUUCACAUUUGUCUUUUAUCUUUGUCGGGGAAGAAACUAAAACAAAAAACAGCUUCUUUGCAUCAUUCAGUGAAAACUCAAAAUGAGGAAAACAAGAUUUUUUUAAUAUCAAGCAAUCUCUGUCACAAUAAUGCCUAAUGUGAGCUUUCAUCUUCCUGUUGAUGAAUGAAAAGGCAGAUAGAUAUUAUGUCUGAUAAAUCACUUCUUCAUAUUCUGAUCUUACACAGUCUUUAGGCGAUAAUGGAGUAAACCUGCUGCAUUGGUAUGUUAAAGUUAUUUUCUUAAACAAUCUAUAGCUUGUGUGUGUCAAAGGUUUGUGAUCUGUAGAAACAUGUUCAAAUUUAAAUAACUAUUUACUUUAAUGAUCAUGAAUUCUAUUCAAGGACAAGAGUAAUCCCAGAUAUUUAACUACAGUUUUAUUUAUGAAGCUUUUCAUUAUUUUAUUAUGCUCCAUUAAAGCCAACAUUUGGAGGCCUCCAUGUACUCAAUUUGUCAUAUCCAAACCAAACAAAAUUCUAAAUUAAGUUUGAUAAUGACAACACUUUGUUUCUGAAAACUGCUGAACUGUCAGGUUUGUUCUAAUAUGCGGUUUUGUGCAGGCUAAUGUCAACAAACCAGAAUAUACUGAUGGGGAAUGCUUAAGUUUACACCACUUUGUUUUUAUAGUUUUAAAGUGUUUGCACAAUGCAUGGUUAACUGUACACAUAUUCCUUCUCAUAAUGUGGAAUAUUAACCCUUGUCUACAUGCAACGUGUCAAUCAAACAAGACUUCAAGUCAUGCUUUUAUUUUAAAGAAUUUUCUAAUUCAAACAAAGCAAGACUUUUCUUGCUUUCCCCGUAAUGGGAACGUCAAUCUAAAUAUAAAUGGAUAUCUGUUAAAUGAUCCAUACUAUCCAAAAUAUCCCAAGAAUACAUUUAAUUCUAUGUUUUGUUUUCACGGUGGCUGCAAUUACAUGUAUAUUGCAUUAUGUGAAACAGGCUUUGGAUGAAGAGACUAUGCUGUUGUCGAGUCUCAAACUAAAAUGCUAGCAGCUCUGGCAUAAAUUACUCAAUCAAAUUAUAAACAACUCCUCGGAAGAAACGCAGUCCUGGGUUCUUUUGGAAAAUACGGUUUGAGUACAUUUAGAUCAAACAUAAUGCUCUUGAGCUUCUUACUUUUUCACAGAUUCUACAUAAAUCCACCCGUAUCUAAUCAAAGUCUGCUGUUCCUAUACAUGUCAGCUUUACCUGUGGGAUCCUCUUCGCUUAAGAUAAUGUUAUUAUCUUUUUUUAAUGAGAUGUUACUUAAAUAUAAGUAAAAGGGACAAUACAUGAUGAGCCCAUCUGUGGGUAUGAACCGUGUAAUGCAUUGCUCCUUGUGAAAAACGUUGAAUUUUGGACAAAGUAUAAAAUAAUACACAGUACUGCCAAAACUGAAUGCAAAGUCAAUUAUCUAUGCAAGGUCCUUUAAACUUUGUACGGUGCAAAAUAAUUGUCAUUUUACUGCAGAAUGUUAUUGGAAAUUACUGCUGUGUGGACAAAUGUCUGAGUUUGGGAACGCUGCGCUUUGAUACAUUUAAUUUACAUAAUCUUAUGAGACGUUCACUAUGUUAUUGUAACAUGUUGAACACCACCAAGACCUUGCAAUGAAGUUGUCCAUGAGGUAUGAGCUUUGCUAUCUAAAUAUUGAUUGUCAGGAGGAUACAUGUAGAAGGAUAGGCUUAUGUGGUUAGCAAUAGACCAUUCCAUAGGCUAUAAGAGCAUAUGUUUGUUUUGAGGCAGAACAUUUAGCACAAGAGUUGGGGUGUACAUAAAAGUUGAGAUGUCUUAAUAUAAUGUAUAGAUUGUUCCUUAAUUGUGUUUUAUCGAACAUUUGCUUGCUAGAUUCCCUGCUUACGCACAUGAAUAGUAAAUCAGGAAACAAUGUAAUGAGACUUGGUAUUGAUAUUGCACACACUCCACUGAAUGUCACUGACCAUCGUCUAACUCGGUUGCAACAUUUUGUGAAUUACCCUUCAACUUUCUACCUGUUUUCAUUGUCUUUAUAUUGGAAUGGUCAAUAGAGUAUUUUUUAUAAUAGUUUUCUUUUGAUAUUUUUCUCAAUUUUAUAAGGGAUUUUCCUAAAAAAACAAAUACCAGGAAUAAUUGGUACUUCCAUUUUGACUGUGUACCAGGGCCAUAUCAGUGAAGCCUCUCUGAACGGCAGCGCUGAUGCAGGACUGAGAUCUGAGCGUUGCUGUAUGAACUUACUGUCAGUCCUCCAUCAGCACUUCUCUCCGGAGAGCUCAGCUGAUUUAUAUUUUCUUUCUAGUACCAAGACCAAACUUGCAACAUUUGUGAAAACUUUGAUAAUGUUUUGAAAUAUUUUAGCCAGUGCUUGUUUAGGAUUAUUACCUGUAGACUGUGUUGUGUUAUUUUGUGUUCUGGUUUCUUACAUAAUUUACUAUGUUACAUUGAUGUGGAAUGUAAAAUGUUGUGAUGUAGAACACAUAAUAGUUGGACUAGAGGCUUAAUAAACAGUGCUUAAAUAUA